AUGGCCGAAUUCCUGAUCGCGGAUGAAGACCUCGCAGGCGUCAAGGGCAAGGUGGUCAUCGUCACCGGCGGCUCGUCGGGCAUCGGCCUCGCCACCGUCACCACCCUCCUCGCCCACGGCGCCUCCGUCGUCAACGCCGACAUCCAGCCCCCGCCGCAGCAGCCCGAGGCGUGUUACACGUUCGUCAAGACGGACGUGACUCUCUGGGCGGACCAGAUCGCGCUGUUCAAGAAGACCAAGGAGGUCUACGGGCGCGUGGACCAUGUCUUCGCCAACGCUGGCAUGGGGCCCAAUGCCAACUACCUCUCCACCGAGGUCGACGAGAACGGCGAUCUGAAGGAGCCGUCGCAUGCGCUGUUGGAUGUUAGCUUGAAGGGCGUGAUGCACACGGCCACGAUCGCUAUCUUCCACAUGCGGCAGCAGGCCGAGGGCGGGAGCAUCGUCAUCAACGGCUCCACGACGGGUUUGCAACGACUCCGCGCUGUGGAUUACUAUUACGAAGCCACCGCAAAACACGCGGUGCUCGGCUUCGGGCGCGGCCUCUUCUCCCUGCUCGGGGCCGCCAGCCUGCCCAUCAGAGUCAACACGCUGGCGCCCACGUGGACCGACAGCAGCGUGCUCCCGGACCUGAAGGGGCUGAUGAAGAAGAUCGGCGUCGAGCUGCAGCCCGCGGAGGCCGUUGCGCGCGGUGCGGCCCUGAUGAUGGCGGACGCGUCCCGCAACGGGCAGGUCAUCCACGUCCAGCUGGGCAAGUACAAGGAGAUUGACGAGAGCGUGUUGCUGCCUGCAUUUGAGUCGAUCAAGGGCCCCGACUACCCCGGCGAGGACGAGGUCUUUCGGCGGUUGCAGGAGGUGUUGUUUGCGGGGUGGAGCUCAUAA